AUGUUAUCACGACCUCUGCGCUCGGCCCUUCCUAGGCAAGCUUCGAACUCUGGCAUCGUCGACAGGUGCCGUUUAACAGCCCUUCCUCAGGAAAUCUCGGAGAUGGUUCUGGCCGAGUUAGACUGGAGGGAGGUACUUUGCAUACGCGCAACAUGCAAGUCGUUGUGCUCUGCCUCCCGAUCGCGAUACGUAUGGCGAGCACAGUACCAACGACUUUCUGACGGCUACGACACUCCCUUGAGCGCGAAGGAUAGCACGGCAACUUAUGCAGAACUCGAGCGCGACACCUUGCACUGGGCUCGAGUUCAACGCAACUGGGUGUCUAAAUCAAAGCGACCUACCCGACGUCUAGCGUGUAAGAGUUCGGCGGUCCAGUUACACCUCCUCCAUGGAGGUAGAUGGCUUUUAGCUAAUGGCAGGGAUCCCUGCCUUGAUGUCUACGACCUCAACUUGAUGGUCAGUCAACCCUGUGUCUUGAUUCGCCCACCAGACAAGUGGGGAGAGCGAGUGACACAAUACGCCAUCGAUGAACGAUAUACGCUGCCAAACAUCGAGGUUUCUAUCGCCCUCGUUCGUCAACAUGCUUAUGAACGACCUGGAAGACUAUCCAUAUGGAAGAUCACCAACACCGAUAGCGACACACUCGUCGCUCGUCACAUUACGUCGUUCAAUACAUAUACGACGCAACUUUGCUUUGCCAUGGACCUUCGGGGGGAUUACUUUGCGAGGUGUGUUCCCUUGCUCUCCGGCGGCAGGACGUGGUACAUAGAUGUGUACAACUGGCGAAGCUCAUGCUCUUUGAUCCAUCGCAAAACCACAAUUAUACUCAACGAGCGCGUCGACACUGUCCGCAUUCUUCCCGGGCACAGAAUCCUCGGUCUCGGGGAAGAAGAUGUCAGAAUUUACGCCAUUGAUGCGUCCGACUUUCGACCGGUCCCAGGCAAACAUCCCAUAUUAGCUGGCCCGCCAGCGAUGCCACUCCAUACCUUGGCAUUGCCUGGGCUGAAGCCACACAUUCACAGCCCGCUUCACUACGACCGCAUGGGUAACGCUCACUUGUACCUUCUCAGCGCAGAAGCAGUGGUCAAGUUCAUGGUCCCGUAUGAAGAUCGACCGCCAAUGGACAGCGAUUUCGUUCGCUCGUGA